GAGAGGGAGGAGGGAGGAAGAGGAGGGAGGAGGGAGGAAGAGGAGGAAAGACGCCGUUGCCGGGCGGGAAGAUGUCGGUGCUGGACGCUCUGUGGGAGGACCGGGAUGUCCGCUUCGACGUCUCGUCGCAACAAAUGAAGACAAGAGCUGGAGAGGUCCUUAUAGAUUGUUUGGAUUCAAUUGAAGAUACCAAAGGAAAUAAUGGGGAUAGAGGUAGAUUGCUAGUGACCAAUUUGAGAAUCAUCUGGCACUCUUUGGCCUUACCCAGAGUCAAUUUAUCUGUUGGUUACAACUGCAUGAUAAAUAUUACUACAAGAACAGCUAACUCGAAGUUACGAGGCCAAACAGAAGCUCUGUAUAUACUAACCAAAUGUAAUAACACUCGUUUUGAGUUUAUAUUUACCAAUGUAGUGCCUGGGAGUCCCAGACUUUUCACCUCUGUCAUUGCAGUACACAGAGCUUAUGAAACUUCUAAAAUGUACCGUGAUUUCAAGCUGAGAAGCGCAUUAAUUCAAAACAAGCAGCUGAGAUUAUUACCGCAAGAACAAGUGUAUGAUAAAAUCAAUGGAGUAUGGAAUUUAUCCAGUGACCAGGGGAAUCUGGGAACCUUUUUUGUCACUAAUGUACGGAUUGUUUGGCAUGCAAAUAUGAACGACAGCUUUAAUGUCAGCAUACCGUAUCUUCAGAUUCGUUCGAUAAAGAUCAGAGACUCAAAAUUUGGUUUAGCACUUGUAAUAGAGAGCUCUCAGCAGAGUGGUGGAUAUGUUCUUGGUUUUAAAAUAGACCCAGUAGAAAAACUCCAAGAAUCAGUGAAGGAAAUAAAUUCACUUCACAAAGUCUACUCUGUGAGUCCUAUAUUUGGAGUGGAUUAUGAAAUGGAAGAAAAGCCUCAGCCACUUGAAGACCUGACAGUUGAACAAGUUCAAGAUGAUGUAGAAAUAGAAUCUGAUGAACACACAGAUGCGUUUGUAGCUUAUUUUGCUGAUGGCAAUAAGCAACAAGACCGUGAACCUGUAUUUUCAGAAGAACUGGGUCUUGCGAUUGAAAAACUGAAGGAUGGAUUCACCCUGCAGGGACUCUGGGAAGUAGUUAGUUGAGCUGGAGAGGAAUUUAAUUCUAUUGAUAUUUACAUCAAUGGCAAAUAUAGUAAUAUGACAUGGAGUGGUAAUUAUAUUUUCAGUAAGUGCUUUUUAGAAUGUCUUUGGAAAUAGAAAACAAAGCAUUUAUUAAAGUGUUUCCUGCCAAUUUUCCAUCCCUCCUCCCAGAAUUAAAAUUGUAAUGAAAUUGUAUGUUAAUAUUGCAUUUAUUUAUUAUGCAUAUUUUAUUGCAUUUAAAAAUUAUUGAUUUGUUGAUGUAACAUCACAUUAUUGACAAAUCAUAUUGAAUAAAGUGAAUUUCUACAGCAUCUUUUAAUGAUCUAAAAA